AUGGUGUUUGCUCGCGCAACAAGGUUGAUUUCUCAACGACGACGACUUUUAGUCGCAACGGGUGUGGUUGCUACGACAGCAGGCGUUUACAUGGCCACGAGGCCUUACACCAGCUCGGUAGUACAUGCUGAAAGAAGCCCACAAGGUUUAAAACUAUGGCCCACCCUCCCUGGUGAAAAUGCUACGGUCAAGUCGGGUCUCGCUAAACUACGAGGUCAAGCUGCUGAGAACCAUUUUCGCACUGCCCUUGUGAAUAACAGCAAUAAGACCGAUUUCGAUGUAGUCAUAGUGGGUGGAGGCAUCAUUGGUCUCGCUACAGCUCGUGAAUUGCUUAGACGCUUCCCUACCAUGACGGUGGCAGUAUUGGAAAAGGAACGUGAAGUUGCAGCUCAUCAAACAGGUCAUAACAGUGGCGUCAUCCAUGCUGGCAUUUAUUACAAGCCAGGGUCACGUAUGGCAUACACCUGUGUUCGUGGUGCCGAUCUCAUGUAUCAAUAUUGUGCCGAGCACGACCUACCUAUCGAACGUUGUGGCAAACUCAUUGUUGCAGUGAACGAAAAGGAGCACGAGCAAGUGGAACGUCUUUAUAAGGUAGCAUCUCAAAACGGUGUCAAGGAUUUACAGGUGCUCAAUAGUGAAGAGAUUCGUCGUCUGGAGCCCAAUAUCGUUGCCUAUUCCGCAUUGUAUUCACCUCACACAGGCGUCACGGAUUAUGGUUUAGUCGCCCAAUGCAUUGCAAACGAGAUUGUGCAAUCUGGGCGAGGUGAAAUUAAAUUGGCAUUUGAAGCUACGGAAUUUAAGCAAAGCGAUGAUGGUAGUAGAGUGGAGGUUUUGGGCAAGGAGCCAAACCAACGUGGUCCCUCUCUCAAGGUGUCGGCCAAAAAUAUCAUCACAUGCGCUGGUUUCUACUCAGAUCGCGUUGCUGGUUUGACAGGUGGUGAUGCAUCCAAUGCACGUGUAGUCACUUUUCGUGGGACCUAUUAUCAACUCAAACCUCAAUAUCGAGGCAUUGUACGCAUGAACAUCUAUCCGGUUCCUAGUGGUGGUGGUAUUCCAGUGGGUGUUCAUCUUACGCCAACGGUAAAUGCAAGACGCGGUAUCCAGAUGAUUGUUGGCCCUGGAGCAUGCCUUACUUUUUCACGGGAGGGCUACGCGUUCUUUGACAUCAAUUCCAGGGAUCUUUUUGACUCACUAAGCAAUAUGAACUUUUGGGCAUUUGCCAUCAAGAACCCAGGCUUGUCCAUUGGUGAACUUUACAAGGAUAUGAACAAGCGUGCAUUUUUACGUCAAGCACAAGCAUACAUCCCUGGUUUAACGGAGGAUAUGGUAGAGGAGAGCUUCUCAGGUGUCAUGUCACAGGUGUUUGAAAACGGAGGCAUUGCAGCCGGUGACUAUAUUUUGGAACGUAAAGUGAUGGAUGGCAAGGUGCUCAAUGUACGCAACGCACCUUCACCUGCAUGUACAGCUUCAUUGGCUAUUGCCGAGAUGCUCAUUGAUACUGCAACGGAGGAUUUUGGAUGGACAACUCAAGCACAGCAGCAACAACAACAUGGAGCUAACAAUGCCACGACUACUAUUGCUGUUCAGCCGCUGGAUACGGCUGCUGCUGCUUAA